GUACACUUUUAAGGCAAAAUGGUUUGAUUAUUCUGCAAUGUGUUUUUUACACGACAAAAACAAACCUAGUAAAGGUAGGCAAGUCGGAUUGAAUUUUGAGGAUAGCAACCCAUCAAGCAGUGAAGACAGUGAUGACAAUGAGAUUCAAACAUGUGAACUGACACGUAGUGCCAAUGAGAGUAUGCAUGAAUUGGAUGCUAAUGUUUCAUACGUUCAGAUAGAAAACCAGGAGCAGGAGAUCUGGGAGCAAAACAUAGAACAACAAGGGUCUUCGGUGUCUGACGUUCUGAAUUCACCAGAAACUGACCCAUUUAAAACACCAAACACAAAAGAGGGCACAAAAAACGACCAUCUAAACAGCAUUUAUUAUCAGCUCCGAAAGCUGCUAAGAAGAGUUCCAAACUAGUAGAUACUGUUAAUACGAGUACUUCUGCUAAAGAAGCAUUUGAAAUGAUGAAAUCCGUGUAUCAGAAAACACAGACAUCCGAAACACGUGACAAAUACUCAAUAUUAGGUGAACUAGUAGGACAUACAAUACGUAACUUGAAAACAGAUUUUGCAAAGACUACAGUUGAACA